CCAAUUUUCAUGCUACUUCAAAAUACCUUCACGUACUCUCUCUCUCUCUCUCUCUAAAUAUCUCUCUCCAACGACUUCUUCUUCUUCCCCAUCAAAUGCUCCAACCCAUCUCCGACCAAACUCAUGGCAACCACCACCACAACACAACCACCCAUCAACCGUAACAACACCAAAGUUUGUUUCUCAUUCGCCGCCUACUCAAAAGACCUCAUCGCCCAUCUCCACCACCACUCCAACGUUCCGGUAGCCCACGGUCUCACCGAACCCGAACUAUCCGCUAUCGAAUCCACCUUCAACUUCUCAUUUCCCCCGGACCUUCGUUCAAUUCUCCGGGAAGGCCUCCCCGUCGGCCAAGGCUUCCCCAAUUGGCGAUCAUCGUCCCCGCAACAACUUGAUAUUUUAAUCCACCUCCCAAUCUUGGGCCUGUGUAAACAAGUGUCCCGACAAAAGUUUUGGUAUCCCGGGUGGGGUGAGAGACCGAAAGAAGACGAUGAGGCAGUUGAGUUGGCUAAAGGGUUCUUGAAAAGGUGUCCGGUUCUUGUUCCGGUUUAUCAGAAUUGUUAUGUCCCGACGAGCCCGUGCUUGUCGGGAAACCCGGUGUUUUAUGUCAGUGGUUCGGAGGUUAAGUUGUGUAGUUAUGAUGUUAUUGGGUUGUUUCACCAGAUUGAGUUUAAGGAAGGGGUGGUGAGUGGGAUGAGGUUGGGUCAUGUUUUGAGGGCGCCCGUGUGGGCGGCUACCGAGGCAAGGAGAAUAGAGUUUUGGACCGAGCUGGUCGAGUUGAAAGAACAGUGUUUUGAAGAAAUGCAGGGUAAGGAAGCGUAUAUUAGGUCCAAGUUGGCCAAACAGACCCUGGACCCCACGGGAAAGAGGUGGUGGGGUGGGAGUGAAUUGGGGCAGUGUUUGGAGGAUGUAAGGUUGAAAUUAAGAAAAGGCGGGUGGAAAGAGGAGGAUUUAGAUGAGAUGAUGAUUGUCACACCCCAGUUUAACACCUUGUCCAACUCUAAGGUGUUGAACAGGGGUGUGACAGUAAUAAUAAACGGAGAUGAAAAUUCAUCACCAUCACCGUCGUUGUCACCAUCACCACGAUCGUCGAUGACAUCAUGGUCGUCAUCGUCUGAUGAUGACGGUGGUGGCGUAGCUAAACGGGUGGUGGCUACGGGCGGCGGCAGGGAGGAUGUUGUGAGGAUAUUGUCACAAAGGUUAUUGCGUGGGGGUUGGAGCAUGGGAGAUGUGGUGGAGUCGCUUGGGUGUUUGACUGAUCAUAAGGAAGAUCGUACGGUCGAGAUUGAAAAUGGUGGUGGUGGGGAUUCUUUAUUUGACUUUGAGCACAUGACUAACAGUUGUGUAGAUGAUAGUCAAAGUGAUGUGUGAGUCGGUGUUGGAAAUACAUGCUAAUAAAUAAUAAUAGUUCUCUCGUGGCAUAUUUUUUUCUCGCUA